AUGCCUGUGUUCAAUAUUAUUUUGAAGGCAGAGGGGUGGGAAUGCGUUGCUGCCGUGCGCCCCUCGGAGGGUCGCUACUGGGCUCUGAAGUGCCGCUGCCUUUCGUGUCACGAGGUAACCGAUAAUUAUUUGUUCAUUGAUUCGAAGGAGUCAUACCAAAGUAGUGGUGGUGGGGUGCGCAAUUACGUCUCGAAGUGUCAUUUUUGCAAGGAGAGCGUCACUGCCAAUGUGGUCGUUGCACCACCUUCUUCAGGAAUGAGCCACAAGAACAGCAACCGCAGUGUCCCCUCACUUGGUUCAUAUAACCCUGAACAGCAUAGCGAAGGGGGUGCUGUAGUGCAGCUGGAUAUGCGCGGCGCGGAGCCUGUGGAACUGCGGCUCGAUGAUCAAUGGGUGGUGGAGGGCAUGAGUGGCGUGGUAUUUAAGGACGCGGAUCUUUCGGAGGAUUGGUAUGAAUACGACGAGACGGCCCGCUCGACAGUGAGCAUCAGUGGCGUUUCAGUUUCAUUUCAUCGUGUGAAAAAGUAG